GUUUGGUACUCUCAUGGUCGAUUUCUUUUUCCGCUCCCUUCCAACCUCUCCUGUUUCCAUCGGGCCAAAAGUGAGUUUGCUUUUGCCCGAAGAGGAAAGAAUGGAUAACUGCUUGGUCCGUAAGUUGGUCGGGGGCGUUGCACAGAAUGGCGAGGAAUGACCUUUACCCUCAUCAGUUCAGACACUUUGAUGUAUUUGUGGCUGGUGGUGAACUUUGACCCUUGCAUCUUGUUUUGCUCCUUUGAUUUGGACCAGGGCUCGCUGAACUGGGGGUGGUGGUGAAGUCUUGUCCUGUGGUGCAUGAGCCUUCUGCUUUGGCUGAAACUCAGAUCAUGAACAUCCUUUGCCUUGCAUACCGUAUCCACUGAUGAAUUUGGGUCUCCUUGGUCUGCCUAAGCCUCUGCUGACUUUUGAUCUUGUUGCUUUGAAGGACAUGCCUGCAGCAUUGCUUUCUCUAAGUGGUGGUAUCUAUUUGCAAAUUAGAGUUGAUUAUUAAAAAGAACUUUUCAAAGGCAACCCAAACAUGCCCUGAUACUGCUGGUUUUCUGACUGUUGACCUUUGGACUGCCCUAGAAUGCUGUGUGUGGCACGACUGGCCCUAGGGGCUGGGGUUAUAGGAUUGCCAUGCCGUGGUAAGUCUUCCCUAGCUGCCAAGAUGGUGAAAUACCGGAAGAUGUGGAAACCGACAGAGCCACAAAACUGGGCAGUGGAUUAUCAAGAGCGAUACAUCCCCUUUUCCAAGGAUCAGCUGGUGGAUGCCCUAGUAAAGGAAUUCCACUCGUCCAGCCCCGCAGAUCGAGAGUCGUUCAUGGCGUUUGUCUCCCAUGUGGAUUCCAAUCUUCUGCUUCGUUACCACUCUGUCCGAGAGCAGUUACAAUUUCUGUAUGCACCUAUUAAUCCUGAUCGGGACACACUGGAGGAGUUCUCUAUGACAGAUGCUGAGCGGUUAGUGAAAGAACAGGAAGUUUUGGCCAAGAUGGAGCCACUGCUGAACCAGGCCAAUUUCAACAGCUUGUCAGAAGAAGCCCUGGCUUAUGCCCUUGUGGUCCAUCACCCGCAUGAUGAAGUCCAGGUGACAGUGAAUCUGGAUCAAUAUGAAUACAUGAGAUUUUGGGCCCUGGGCCAACGGAUCGGGCCCCUGCGUGUGAUGACCACGCUUCCGGUCCAAAAGAGGGGGUUCUUUGACAAGACUCGGAUUCCAUCAGACAGGCGUUACUUCAAACGAGUGGUGGUGGCUGCACGGGUUAAAAAUGCCUACUUGAUGCUGAAAUGCUUUAAGGACAUUCCCUUGGAAGGCCUAGAGCAGCUGCUGCCAGCCGUCAAAGUCCGCACCUCCAUCCUUUACCGCACACUUCUCAAUAUGAUGCUUAUUGUGAGCGGUUUGGCUGUUUUUGUCAAUGUUGGCAUGGUGGUGCUUUCUGACCUUAAGAUUGGCACGACCACGCUGCUGAUUUUUUUCGCUGCCUUAAUGGCCUUCCGGGCUUCGAAGGCUUUUGGCCAGCGCCGAAAUGUCCACUCCCUAGAGUUGGUUCAUAUGCUCUACUACCGCAGUACAUCCAACAACGCAGAGCUGCUGGAUGCCAUUGCUCUGCGCGCCCAGGAGGAACAUGCCAAAGAGGUCAUCUUGGCACAGAGCUUCCUCCUCCAGCUGCAUCAUCAUCAUUAUCACCAGCACCCCCUACAGGAGGAUAUAGCCCCUGAAAUUGUUGAACAGCUGAAGAAAGAGGUCCAGACUUGGCUCCUCUCUCACUCUGAGCUGGACAUAACCUUCUGUGCUGAGCGUGCCUGCCAACAUCUCAGGGAGCUAGGAGUUGGGGUCUCUCCCAUAGCUCCAACCCAUACAGUGUGACUAGGCUGGAACCCUGCGGUCACGGUUCUAGCUAGCCCUUUUGGCACAGCCUCUAAGGGCAAGCCUGGCAAGUUCAGAAGGCAUGGUCAUGGUGACGUCUAUUUUCCUCUGCAGUAUCGUAGGAGCAGUAUGCAGAGGCACAACUCCUAAUACUGCACAGAUAACCAGAAACCACAUGAGAUUUCUGCUACUGUUUUUUGGGUGGUGGGUCUUUGGAAGUGCAUCUUCCCCCAGCGAAGCUAUUGAGUGAGACAUGAGCAUCCGAAUGAAUGAUCCGAGUCAAAUUACAACUCAGGCACAGCUAUCAUAGGAGGGAGAGAUGGGGUAAUCUUGUUCUUGAAUGGUUCCCUUGCGUGUUUUUGUUUGUUUGUUUGCAAAGGACUCGCAUUAUAUGAUGCUGCUGCUUUUAAUUUUCAUAAAGCUGCUUGGCCUUCCUCCAAGCCUGCUUUUCUUUUCUCUGAGAAAUGAGGGAAAGCAGGACUGUUUACAUUUGAAAUGAGAACAGUGCCAGACAAUGAAUCUCUUAUAUUUAGAGCAAAAAGGCUUUAAAAAAACUUUGCUGUCCUACUGGGGGUGUUUAAAAAACCACAACAGCCAUAUUAAAUUACUACUUUAGCACUUUGAAAUUCAUAACAUGCACUUAUGUGGAGUCUGAAGAAUGCACUGCACACUGAGCUGUUCUUUUGCCUGUUCUACAGCAGUCACUAGGGUCGAGAAAUUCACAAUGCAUGGUCUUCACAAUAAGCUUAUAAACUGUUUUACCUAAUUAGGGAAAGACACUUUGCACAUGGCAGGGGCAUUUUUCCAUAUUACCUAGUCUUCCAAAUUGUGGCCCUUAUAUUAAUAACAGACUUGAGUUUUUGUCUCUAAUGUCAGUUGUGAAUGAAAGGAUGAAUUUGAGCUUAAACACACAAGGCCUAGGUUCCAAUAUUGUAUCCACUGGACCGCAUUAUUCUGGUGCAUUUUUUUUCUAGUUGCCGGGCAAUUAACAUAUCUGUCAGUAGUGGAUUAGAGUUUGGUGGGGAAAUCUUUGAGAGAUCUCUUGUGUGCACUAAGGUCUUGGUCUAACCUUAUGGAGGAAACUUGCAUACCUGACCUCUGUCUCUGCAUAUAAUUAAUGCAUGUAUGUUCAAUGUACCUUUGUAUGAACUUGGGGAAAUAAGUCAUCUGCCCCAACGGAUGCAGUCAUAACUGGGUGGAUGGGUAUGCUGUUGUUCAUGGCUGGCUGUAUAUAAGACUUUAGUCCCCUUCUUUCCCCAGCCAUCCUUAAAUUAUGUUAAAGGAGCACACAUUUCAGGGUUAUGCAUGUUCUCCUGUGGUGGUGAAAGAGUGAUGGGAAAAGCAGCCCUUAUCAGAAUUCUCUGUUAUAUUUGUCCAUUCCUGGGAAAGCCUUAGCCAUAGAACUGAAGAGACAGCUUGUGACAUAGCGAUUAAACUGCAGUACUGCAGUCAAGACUUUGCUCACGAUCUGAGUUCAAUCCCAGGUAGCCAGCUUGAGGUUGACUCAGCCUUCCAUCCUUCCAGGGUUGGUAAUUUGAGUACUCAACUUGCUGGUGGCGGCGGCAGCAAUGUCUAGCUUGCAUAAUUAAAUUGUAAAAUGCCCAGAGAGUGCUUUAAGUGAUAUAGGGCAGUAUAUAAGAAGCACUUUUCGCUUUUUGAAGAUACACGAUUGAGAAGGAUGCUGUUUGCGUGCUCUGACCUUUCUGUUAUAGGAACCAAAACUAACAACAAAAUACUGUGAAAUAUUUAAAAAAACUAAAUUUCUAAAAAAAGGUGGUAAUUGUGUUAAUCUGUUGCAUAAAAAAAUAGCAGCGUCCUGUGCUAAUUUUAAGACUAACAUGUUUUAUUUGACAUAAGCCCUCAAGGAAAAUCAAUUAAAGCAUAUGCUCAGUAAAACUUUAUAGGCUU